GAGUGUGGGAGUGAGACAGAGGGUUGUGAGCUGAGAGGGACUCUAAGGAGCUGCCAGACGCCCCCUUUCAUUUCAGGGUGGCUCAAAGCCAUAGUGGGCAUUUGAAUCACAUUGAGGGAGGGGGAGUGGAGUGGGGGGUGGCUGCGAAUGUGUGCGGGGGCGCCGCGGGGGUGUGUGUGGUGUAUGCCCGGCGCGUGCGGGUGCGUGCGUGGGUGGGUGUGUGGGUGUAUGUAUGUGAAGCUCACAACUCACGUCGCAAGCCGCUGGGGGCCAGCGCAGAAGACUUGAGGGCUGAAGACUCCAGGCCAGGCCGGGCCAGGCGCGGAAGGCUACAAGGCGCUUUCUUCGCACUUGGCCCUGAGCUGCGGGGUGCAGGGGGCGGGCGAGCGGAAGGCGGAGGCGGUUCGGAGGCGAUUGCCGUCAGGAUGGACUGAACGACGGCGGCCGCACCGACGGAUGAUGCACUGCCUCCCUGCCAGCUCGCCGGCCGCCUGCCUGGCUGCCGGGAGGGGGCGGGGCGAUCCGUGUCCCGCCCCCGCCCCUCAGGCUCCGCCCCCGCCCCGCCCCGUUUCGCACCCGGCAAGCGGGCGGCCUUAACUACAUCUCUCUAGGUGGAGGCGGGAGCCAGCCACUUGCGGAGGUUGUCUCGGAGCUGCGAGCAGCCUCCUCCUCUCCUCUCCUCUCUCUUCUCUCUAGCCCUAUUGGGUCUCUCUGUCCUUACUUGUUUCACUGCAGCCCCUACUAGUCUGUGUGUCUACCCGUCCGUCCCUCCGUGCAUUCGUCCGUCAUUCCCUGCCUGGCACGCAGAUCGGUAUCCCCGGUCAAAGCGCCGUGCGUCUUCUCACUCCCUUGCUGCCGUUGCAGUUGUAGCUUCCUUUUCCACUCGAGGAAAAAGAGUCAUCAUGGUGAAAAUCUCCUUCAAUACGCCCUUCGUACAAAAGCCGGGCCCCAAGAAGGACGUCGAGGCCCUAGUGGCCGAGAGGAAAGAACUCCCUCCCAGAGGAGAGACUCUCAGAACAACCAGUAGAAGAGCUGUUAGAGUUAAAGAACUUGAAAUCCUGACACAUGACAACUCAUCCGGAAGAUGCUUGCUGACCCUCCUGGGUCUUGCAUUCAUUUUAACAGGAGUAAUUGUUGGUGGAGCUUGCAUUUAUAAAUAUUUCAUGCCAAGGCAUAGAGUAUUCCGUGGAGAAAUGUGUUAUUUUGAAAACGAUGAUAAUGGUCUGGAUGGUGAAACUGAGCCCUAUUUCCUCCCUAUUUCUGAGGAAGCCGAUAUUCGAGAGGAUGAAAACAUAGCCAUCAUUGACGUUCCUGUUCCCAAAUUCUCUGAUAGUGAUCCUGCUGCUAUUGUCCAUGAUUUUGAUAGACUUCUGACUGCUUACCUAGACCUGCAGCUCGGCAACUGCUAUGUAAUCCCUCUCAAUACUUCCAUUGUUAUGCCUCCAAGAAAUCUUAUGGACCUCUUUGCCAAACUCUCGACUGGAUCUUACCUGCCCCAGACUUAUCUAGUGCGCGAGGAAUUGGUGGCUGCUGAAGAAAUCGAGGAUGUUUCUGAUCUGGGCAUUUUUAUCUAUCAGAUCUGUGGAGGGAAGAAAACUUUUAGACUGCGCCGCCGAGAGUCAAUAGCCGGCUUGCAGAAGCGUUCUGUUGAACAAUGCCUCAAGAUUAGACACUUUCCCAACGAAUUUAUUCUUGAGACCAAAAUCUGUCAGCAGUGAAGAUGUCCAAGUACAAGAAGUCACAUGUUCCUGAAGUGGGGGCUUUUCAAUUUACAUUUUACUACAAUGUGACUUCUAAUUAAAUCAUGCUGUCAUAAUCAGAAGCCUUAUUUGUUAUGCUUUCUUUGUGUGUCUUGCUUAUAUUUUUUAAAGAUUCCCCACUGCAAGUUCUUACUAUACUUAGAAUAAUUAGCAUCUGUAGUUGUUUGAAUGAAUGUAGAAAAUAAGCAAACUUUGAACUUAAUCAAUGACUAAUAUAGGCUUUAGCUUUUUCUAAUAACCACAUAAAUAAAUGUUAGCUAGCAUCUUGGUAAGCAUAAACUCAUCUUUUUCUUAAGAAAGGAAAUCCAAACCAGAAUAAAGUUAUGUUAUUUGGUUUGCCCACGCUACGUAAUUCUCAGAGUACCUCCUCUGACUUUUCAUUUAAAAACCCGUUAAAUACAGAUAAGAUUUUGUCAGGCAUUUAAAGCUACCUACGGUUGCACACCUUUAUUUUGGGGUUUCCAUUUUGGGCGAUUUACUGUACUUUGCAAUUGUCUGUAUUUGGUAACUUCCCUGAAUUCUCCAAAAGUGAAAUCUUUUUUUUUUAUCUGUCAAGUGUUCUUCAGCUCACCGGUUAUGUUCACUUACAGAUACUUUGAAGAAGUUUUUAUCCAGGCUAUUUGCUUACAAAAUUGUAAUACCAACUUGUUGAUGGCUAUUCAAUUCCAAGAAGGCCCAUUUUAUGAACAUGAUUGUAUUCAUAAAGUUCUAACUCCUCUGGCCUAUAUGUAAACUGUCUAGAACAGCAGAAUUUCUCACGAGCAAGUUAUUUUCACUGAAGUCUGUUUUUAAUAAACUGAUUCUUCUUCACUGAGAUCUGUAGCGUAAAUCCAGCAAAGAAUUGUAUGUGUGCUACACACUGUAAAAGCAUUUAUCUGGGUACAUAAAUUUGAUACCCUUACAAUAAAUGUUUCUCCAAAA